AAGGGACCACAAAGCAUGACAGAAAGCAUCGGUGAAUGGAAUUUCGCCAAACUGGGGUGUUGUUGAUGUGUCAUAGGAGCUGAUCCCCACAGUCCUAAAAUACUCGUAGUGUGGGCAACAGAGCUUUAUUUGUAAACUGGCGGACCCACGCCCAUAUGGAGAGCUCCAGCUCCCACACGCAGGCGCAGUGACACUCCUUCUGUCAAAAAAUGGCUGAGCUUUGGAAGCAGGAAAAAUGCUGAUUUGUGCUGAUAAAGCUCGGGAAAAGCAUCGGAUAUGGCCAGAUUUGCUGACUAUUUUAUUGUCGUGGGAUACGACCAUGAAAAGGCCGGAUCAGGAGAAGGAUGUGGAAAGAUUAUUCAAAGGUUUCCCAAAAAGGACUGGGAGGGAACGGCUUUUCCUCAGGGAGUCGAAAUGUUUUGCCAGCCUGGAGGUUGGAGGCUGUCAAGGGAGCGGAGAGCACCUACUUUCUUCACAGUUAUUCUGACGGAUAUUGAUUCGGACCGACACUACUGCUCCUGCCUCACUUUUUAUGAGGCUGAGAUCAAUCUUCAGGGUUCAAAGAAUAUCGAAGCUGAUGAAGAUGAAGAGGAAGAAGAAGAUGGCCUGAUCCAACCAGCUCAAGUGUUUGCCCCAAAGAGUCUCAUUCUUGUAUCCAGGCUGGAUUAUCCGGAAAUAUUCAGGGGAUGCUUGGGACUGAUCUACACCGUCUACAUUGACAGCCUGUGUUUUCCCUUGGAAGGCCUGGUGGCCAAUCUCUUUUCAUUUCAAGUUCCAGUUGCCGGUGGAUCACAGAAGCUUUUCAGUCUGGGAGCAGGGGACCGACAGCUCAUACAAACACCACUGAAUGACACUUUGCCCGUCACAGGAAAGAGCGUUGCUUUGCUCUUCCAGCAGCUCGGAAUCCAAAAUGUCCUAAGCUUGUUUUGUGCAGUUCUGACAGAGCACAAAGUUUUAUUCCACUCCACGAGCUACCAAAGGCUUGGAGAAGCUUGUCGAGCCCUGGAAGCCCUUAUGUUUCCCCUUAAAUACAGUUAUCCUUACAUCCCCAUCCUGCCAUCGCGGCUCCUGGAGGUGUUGAGCUCCCCGACUCCCUUCAUCAUUGGAGUGCACUCCAUGUUUCAGACAGAAAUCCAAGAUCUGUUAGAUGUUAUUAUCGCCGACCUGGAUGGUGGAACAAUCAAAAUCCCAGAAUGCAUCCACUUGUCGUUGCUCCCUGAACCGCUGUUACAUCAAACACAGACUGCUCUGUCUCUGGUGCUGAAUCCAGACCUGGAGAUAGCAGAUAAUGCUUUCCCUCCUCUUCGAAAUGCACCCUCUAAUCUCAAGUUGAUGGACAAGGAGGCGAGGGCUGUCUUCCUCAGACUGUUUGCACAACUCUUCCAGGGCUACAGGUCAUGUCUGCAGCUCAUUCGCAUCCACACUGAACCUGUUAUUCACUUCCACAAGACUGCCUUUCUCGGUCAGCGAGGCCUCAUUGAGAAUGAUUUCCUGACAAAGGUUUUGGAUGGCAUGGCCUUCGCUGGCUUUGUCUCAGAAAGAGGUCCGCCUUACAGAGCCUGCGAUCUCUUUGAUGAGCUGGUGGCCUUAGACAUUGAAAGCUUUCGGGAAGAAGAUGUCAACACGGCCAAGCUACUGAAGCGCAUCAGGAACAUAUCAGAGCAGCUAUACCGAAACGAAAAUCCAAAUCCUCACAUGGCAUUCCAGAAAGUGCCUCGACCAUCUGAAGGAUCCCACUUGCGGGUUCACCUUGUUCCCUUUCCCCUGCUUGAUGACGACAAGGUGGAGAAUCUACUGCAGGAGGCUGUGGCCAAGCACAAUGUUGCACCUUCAACUUUGAGAUUAGACAAGAAAUGUGUGGUACCUGCUGGGCCACCUGUUGUGUCUAUCACCGGGAAGACAUGCUCAGUUUUCAACAGCGCUCGUCGGCUGGAGGUGGUGAGGAGCUGCAUCUCCUUUAUCUUUGACAACAAAACCCUGGAGACGGAAAAGUCUCUUCCAGCUGCAUUGCGAGCCCUGAAAGGCAAAGCAGCUCGCCAGUGUCUCACUGAGGAGCUGAGUCUUCAUGUCCAGCAAAAUCGUGCCAUUCUGGAUCACCAGCAGUUCGACUACAUCAUACGCAUGAUGAAUUGUGCACUGCAGGACUGUUCCAGUUCAGAAGAAUAUACUGUUGCUUCUGCACUGCUGCCCCUGUCAACAGCUUUUUACAGGAAACUGGUUGCAGGUGUGAACCAGUAUGCCUACACCUGCAUACAGGACCACCCCAUUUGGACCAACCAGCAAUUUUGGGAAGCUACUUUCUAUAGCGAAGUCCAAGGCCAGAUUCGAGCGCUGUAUCUUAACACUCCAGAUAAGGGCAACAUCACUGCCAAGUCAAAGGAUGCUGGCCAGACACCUGCGGGAAAUGAUGAGGAAAAGACUGCAAUGGAUUUGGGGGCUGAACAGCUUCACGCAUGGCCUCUACUGACGAAGGAGAAGCAGCAUGAACUUGUGAAAAACGAGGAGAGCACUGUGUUCAGCCAAGCCAUCCACUAUGCAAGCCUCAUGGUCUACCUUUUGGUUCCUCUGGAUACCAGCAAGAACAAGCUGCUGCGCAGCACGCCCACUGCUGACUGGGAGAGUGGCAGCAACAGCAUCGUCACAAACAGUAUUGCCGGGAGUGUGGCUGAGAGUUUCGACACAGAAAGUGGUUUUGAGGACUCCGAGACCAGCGACACAGCCAACUCUGUGGUCAGAUUUGUUGCCCGCUUCAUUGAUAAGGUCUGCACAGAAAGUGGGGUAACCCAGGAGCAUAUCAAGAGCCUCCACAGCAUGAUCCCAGGCAUCGUUGCUAUGCAGAUGGAGGCGCUCGAGGCUGUUCACAGGGAGAGCCGGAGGUUACCGCCAAUUCAGAAGCCGAAGAUUCUGAGCCCAGUGCUGCUUCCUGGAGAGGAGUUUGUGUCAGAGGGCCUCAGGGUGCUGCUGGAUCCUGAUGGCAGAGAGGAGGCGACAGGGGGGCUUCUCGGGGGGCCACACAUCCUGCCAGCAGAGGGAGCACUCUUUCUCACUACAUACCGUAUCAUCUUCAAAGGCAUUCCACUUGACCCACUGGUGGGUGAGCAGACCGUGGUUAGAGCUUUCCCAGUGUCUACAUUAACCAAAGAGAAGAAGAUCAGCGUCCAGAACCAGCUCCAGCAGAAUAUGCAGGAAGGACUGCAGCUUCGCUCCGCUUCCUUCCAGUUAAUAAAGGUGGCUUUCGAUGAAGAAGUGAGCUCAGAGAUGGUGGAGAUCUUCAGGAAACACCUCCAGAGGAUCCGCUACCCUCAGUCCAUCUUCACGUCUUUUGCCUUUGCAGCAGGGCAAACAGUUCCCCAGUUGAUUCUUCCCAAGCAAAAAGAGAGGAACACAGGAUUUAGAACUCUGUCCAAAACAAUUGUCAAGGGAGCAAGGAGAGCUGGAAAAAUCACAAUGGGUCGGGGUAGCCAGUCAACACUGAAGAAGAAUGACCGCAGCUCCCGGAUGACCUGGAAUGAGGAUGAUGACAUCUCAAUCUCAGAUGAUGGCGAGCCCCCGCCGAGCAGCACUUUGCGAACAUCUGAAAAGUCCACUAUGGAGCAGCUGGUGGAGCAGUCCUGUUUCCGUGACUACCAGAGGCUCGGUCUUGGCACCAUCACAGCCAGCUCGUCUCGCUCCAAGUCGGGGGAUCAGUUCAGAAUCACUGCGGUAAACCGACUGUACUCGCUCUGUCGCAGUUACCCAGGGCUGCUGGUGGUCCCACAGGCUGUGCAGGACAGCAGUUUACACAAAGUUGCACGUUGCUACAGGCACAAUCGUCUGCCUGUCGUGUGCUGGAAACACCCACGCACUAAAGCUGUGCUGCUGCGCUCUGGAGGAUUUCACGGCAAGAGUGUUGUGGGACUGUUCAAGUCACAAAACCAGUCUUCAUCAGCCCCUGCAUCGUCUUCAGAUUCAUCCAGCAGUCUUGAACAAGAGAAGUACCUCCAAGCCAUCCUCGACUCCAUCCCCAUUUACUUCAAGAUGAACGGACACAACACCCUCACCAACCGCUCUCUCAUUGGACUCUCACCAGCCACUGAAAGGAGGACGUCCAGGAUACCAAAGAUGGCGCCUGUUCAUCUGGAUCUUCCGUUUGCUAACAGCUUCACCAGAGGAGUUCUUGAGUACAGAGAUAAACUUUUCACUCAUUCACACCAAAAACCUGCCACUAAGGAGAAAAUCCAGCACCAAGGCAUGUGGGCCAGCUUGCGCUCCAGCAGCAGGCUCAGCCAGCACCACUCCUCGACAGAUGUUGGCGCCAGGCUAGCAGGGAAUAAUGUGGCGCCCCCUGCAGGGAGUUUGCACGCCCAGUUUCUGAAGCACCAAGCUGCCCUCUACAUCUUUGGAGAAAAGUCACAUUUGAGGGGCCUCAGAGUCGACGCCUCUCUGAACUGUGAACUAGUGCCGGUGGACUUUGUGGACACACGGCAGGUUAAAGCCUCCUUUAAGAAGCUGCUGCGGGCCUGUGCUCCCAGCUCUACCUCCUCCGACUCAGAAGACUCCUUCCUCAAAGCCCUAGAAGACUCGGAAUGGAUCCUGCAGCUUCACAAGAUCCUACAGCUGGCUCUGAUUGCGGUGGAGCUUCUGGACAGCGGCUCGUCCGUUCUCCUCAGCCUGGAGGACGGCUGGGACAUUACAACACAACUGGUGUCUUUGGUGCAGCUGCUCAGCGACCCGUUCUACCGAACACUGGAAGGCUUUCAGGUGCUUCUGGAGAAAGAGUGGCUGUCGUUUGGCCACAAGUUCAGCCAGCGUUCCAACCUGAGUCCCAGCAGCCAGGGCAGCGGCUUCACACCCAUCUUCCUGCAGUUCCUGGACUGUGUUCACCAGGUUUUGGAGCAACAUCCUCUGGAGUUUGAGUUUAAUCAGUACUAUCUGAAGUUCCUGGCCUAUCAUCACAUCUCCAACCGCUUCAAGAACUUCCUGUUGGACUCAGACUACGAGCGCUUGGAACACGGCUUGUUGUUUGAGGACAAGGGUGACAAACAGGCGCGGAAAGGAAUCUGCAUCUGGGAGUGCAUCAGCAGGAUGCACCGCAGGAGUCCCAUCUUCUACAACUAUCUCUUCAGCCCCUCGGAGAAUGACGCGGUCCUGAAGCCGUCCGUCAGCAUCCCCUGCCUGAGUAAGUGGGACCUCUUCACGGAGGAGACACUGUCGACAGGCCCCUGCUACGACUGGAGGAUGAUGGCGGCCCGAGCAGACAACUCGGAGGAUGCUGAAACCCUGUCCAACAGCAAGCGGAGGAUCGUGUGGCCGUGCUACAGCAGCGUGAGCCGCGCUCAGCCUGACGCCAUCACCAAGCUGCUGGCUGAUAUUGAGAGACUGGAUGGAGAGCUCAGCCAGACCGUCGACCGGUGGCAAACCACUUUGGACCGAGUCCGCAUCAGCAUUCAGGAAGACCUCAAGCAGGAGGGAAACCUUAAUAAGCAGUCCCUUUCCAUCUCCGGCCUGAUCCCGACGUCAAGCCUGCAGGCCUUCCAGCGGCGCUCCAUGCUGCACCUGCCAGACAGCACACUGGGCGAAGACCGCAGCAACACGGUCUCCAACGGAAUCAACCGGCGCGCUGCAACACUUUACAACCAGUUCACCCCCAAGAGCGAGGAGAACAGGUCGUACGAGGGGAUCCUGUACAAACGUGGAGCGCUGCUGAAAGGAUGGAAGCCUCGCUGGUUUGUGUUGGACAUCACCAAACACCAGCUGAGGUACUACGACACGGGCGAGGACACCAACUGCCGCGGACAUAUCGAUCUGGCCGAGGUGGAGUCGGUGGUGAUCACAGCGCCCACCAUCGGAGCGCCCAAGCACAUCAGCGAAAAAGCUUUCUUUGACCUGAAGACCAGUAAGCGCGUCUACAACUUCUGCGCCUCAGACGCUCCCAGCGCUCAGCUGUGGAUGGACAAGAUCCAGAGCUGCAUCUCUGACGCAUGACGUGGAGAUUAUCACGUCAUGUGGCCUACUGCGGAGGUGUCGGAGAGCAGCUGGAGGCCGAGGUGUGACAAGAGGCUCCCCACUGAUCUGAAGUGGGACCACUGUGAACAAAGUGCCUGGCAGCGGCGGGUCAACACUUAUCAGCCCCUCACAUGACUCGCCUGACAGGUCAGUCGGAGUCGGCGGGCGACUUGUGCCUGCUGUCAGGUCGGUGUGUCAGACAGGGAGCUGCUGAUAUAAGCUGGCAAACCAAGCACUACCGAGUCAAUGUUGUCCUACUUACGCUGUAAAUAGAUGAAAGCAAUAUCACUGGCCAGGCAAACUGUGGGUUCAAUUCCAGACGAUAAACUAUAGGAUUUUAGCCUUGAAAUGAUUCUAUUUUGCUACGAGGAACGGUUAUUGCUGCUUAUGAACCAAAAGCUCAGAGAUUUUAAUGCACAACAUAGAAAGGCAUCUUGUUUGCACUGCAACGUCUGCACUCCAAUCCAAGCGUCGAUAUGGCACAGCGAGGUCGCAGGCGCCACGCCCACAGUGCACCGCCAUGUGACCGCGUUUCCUCCAAGAUUCAAACGACAGAAACACCAUUUGCACAGCGAGGUCAGAAGUGUUUUUUCUAUAUUUAAAUACUUUCUUGUUGAAUGUUUAUCGGCGUUAAAAGCUUGUCUCGUGUAAAUUAUUAUUUUUUAUUUGACCUUUACUCGUGCUGUGGCUUGUCGUUCUCCUGUAAAUACAAGUGUGACAUUUCAUUUUAUAUCCUGUCUGUUCUGAACUUGACUUUUCUAACCCUCUUUCUAUUGUUGUUUUUUUUUUUUUUUCUUAAACCUUUUAUGGUGCAAAUACCUGAGUGGCCUGUUCCCAUGUGUGUGUUGUGGACGAACUGAUGUGUGUCUUCACGAAGCAAACUCAAUAGCAAAAAGGACACUAUCAAAGACGCUUUUUGUUCAUGUACCUCUGUGCCAUGUUUGGUCGUGAUACUAAUUUUGUCAAAAUAAAUCAAACAUACUUGAAACCAACUUUAAAAUCUGACCGAA